CCCCGGUCGUCUCCCUGGAAAUCUAGGUACGGGGCUGGGGCCUUGUGGUUAGUCGCAUUUGGUGCGUCUGGCACGAAUUCCUUUCCCCAUCUUGGUGGGCGAAGAGCAAGGUGAGCGGCGAGAACAGCACCGGCGCCGGGCUGUCGCUGCUUCCUGUUCCGUCUGUGGCUGCUCAUGCCGAAUCCGGGACAGACGGCGGAGGCGGGGCUGGACUCUGGAACGAUCUCAGCGACAAGGGGUCCAGAGGCGUGCGAGCCGCCGUUCGUUGUGGGCGAGUGCGGUGACGCUUCGCCUGAUUCGGCCGUAGUCUCGCCGGAUUCGGCCGUCGUCGCGCCCUCGUCGGACAUUCAACAGUUGGAUCGAGUGGUGGGCUUGGUUGAUGUCCAGUCUUCCGGUGCUUCCUACACUAGCUUCAGUGCUGGUGGCGGAGAUCUGGCCUCCACAAACAACAGGUGCGCCACUCCUGCCGGCGUCUCGCACACAUCCGCCGAGUCCAGCAGCCGCAGUUCCGGGGGCGUGUGCCUGCCGUCGGCGCGAGACUCCGAUGAUACGCCGGCCGUCGUCUUGAGCUCGGCCGUGCAGUCCUUAGCCCAAAAUGGGCCGCGUUCGGUGAACACCACCAUCCGCGUUGGAUGGAAACGCAGGCCUAAAGGCCCUCGUGCGCCAGACGAGAGAUCUGUAGUAGCUGAUCGUGUGCUGCCGCUUGAAGCUGCUAUUAAAGGAUUCGCUGAUAGGGGGACAGAGGUGGUCGUCAACCCGGUGCUUGGCACAAUUUUUGAUUCGCUGGCAGAGGCUUAUGAAUUCUACAAUCUCCAUUCCUGGGAGGUUGGCUUUGGGAUUCGAUACGGCAAGAGCAGGCAAAAUGUCAGUGGCACGAAAUGUAUGCAAGAGAUUGUGUGUGGCUGCGCUGGGAAACCAGAGAGGGAAAACAGCUCGUCAAUGAGGAGCAAUUGCGCCGCCAUGCUUCGUUUGCACCGGACAGAUGAUGGGGGGUGGUGUGUAUCUGAAAAUCGUGCAGCCCACAACCAUGAAAUGCUACGGACCUGUGCUGAGAAGAUGCACUGGCCAUCACACCGGCACAUUGACACAUACACAAGGGAUCUUGUGAAGCAAUUGCGCCAGAACAAUGUUAACCUGGGGAAGGUCUACAGCAUCAUCGGCAGCCUGUUUGGUCGGAUGGAGAAUGUCCCGUUCACAAAGAGGUGCCUUAGAACAUUUUGUGGAAAGCUUAGUAAGGAGCAAGCGGAUGAUGAUGUGCGGAAGACUAUGGAUGCAUUCUCUGAGCUGGGAUCAAAUGAUCCGGAGUUUUCUUAUGUUGUUGAGGUUGAUAAAGAAAGCAAGAUAAAAACACUGCUGUGGACUAAUGGUAGAAGUAAGAUGCAAUACCACAAUUUCGGUGAUGUGUUAACGUUCGACACUACUUACAAGACAAAUCUGUACGACAUGCCUUUUGGGAUAUUCGUCGGGGUGAACAAUCACUUCCAGAGUAUAGUCAUGGGAGGAGUCAUGUUGAGAGAAGAAACAAUUGAGAGUUUUAAAUGGGUGUUCACGGAGUUCAUUAGGCUGAUGGGCGGCAAGCAUCCGAAAACAAUACUUACAGAUCAAGCGCGCGCAAUGGAGGUUGCUAUAGAACAAACGAUGCCGGAUACCACACAUAGGUGGUGCAAGUGGCAUGUUCUACGGAAGGCCAAGGAGCACCUCGGGCCGCACUACACAAAAAGUAGUGAUUUUAGGGCCGCGCUGCACAAAGUGGUCAAUGAAAUGCUGACUGUGGACGAGUUUGAAGCUGCUUGGGCUUCCCUGCUUGACAAAUACAAGCUUCAGAACAACACGUUCCUCAUACAAAUUUUUGAGGUUCGUCACAAGUGGGCGAAGCCAUAUUUUAGUGGCAAGUUCUGUGCGAAGCAAACGAGUACGCAAAGAAGCGAGAGUGCAAACCAUUUGUUGAAAGGCUACAUCCCGCCUGCAUGCCCCAUGAACCUUUUUGUGAAGCAAUAUAGCAAAUUGCAGUUCGAUCGUGAAGCUGAGGAAGGAUUCCAAGAGAAGAGAAUGAGGCUGGGCGGGAUAGUUCUCCGAUACAAUUACCCUUUGGAGGAGCAUGCAAGUAAAGUCUAUACCCGGACAAUGUAUGAGAUGUUUGGCCAGGCUUUGUAUCGGUCUGGUAGGUAUGAUGUUGAGGAAGUUGAGCGGGGCAUAACCUACCACGUGCGACAUGUUGAAGCUGAAAAGCGAGAGAAGUGGUGCCGUGAAAUGCAUGCGGUUAGUGUGCAUGAAGUGCAGGCGCUUCUCCGGUCCUCUGUUUUGCAGAUGGGCGGAGCUCGCGGCGUACAGUGCUAGAAGCAGAGGAGGGGAUGGCGUUUCGUUCAAUUAAGUGCGGCAGACGCAUGGUUGGGGCGACCGUGCGUGUCGUCCUCUCCUCUGACAUGCGGCAGCGUUUUUUUGUUGACCGUCUGGCCGCUGCCAGACAUGCCUUCCGCACGCGUACGCGGAUGCUGCGAUAUUUAUAACACAGUUGCCGAUUUAGAACACCUAAUUGAUGAUUAUGCCGUAGCUUGAUCAUUA